UAAUGCUUUCGAUACUACAACAAACAUUUGAUUUAAUAGAUUUUGAAAAUAAUAAUGAACAAUCGGUGUGUUUGAAUUCUUGAUACUUGUAAUUUUGGUAUAGCAAUGGAGUGUUACAAUUUUUUAAGGACAAAAGGAAUAAAAGGCCUUCUGUGUACACAAACCCAAAACCAAAAUCUUCCAAAUGACAAACAAUAUUAAGUCUUUGUUGCCAAGUGGAUAUAAGGACAAAUUCCCAAUUUUCAUAAAAUUUGAGUCAACACACAUGUAAUCAUGUUUGGCCCUUCUCUUGGCUGUAGUCUUGGAGUUGCCAAACUCUUGGGUCCCAUAGAAGUUAUUCUUCUUUGUUUUCGAAUUUGGAUGAAUUAUAACUUUGUUUUAUGUGGAUUUAUUUUAUUAUUUGUUUGGACAUACAUGUUCUUUUCACAAUUUUAUAAUACUUUUUGGAGCUUUCAUUUGUAUUGGGGAUUCCAUUCUGCCUACAGAUCAAGUAAUUUGACAAUGGCUUUAAUGCUUACAAAGCACAAAUGCCCUAUUAGGAUUUUUUUUGGGCUAAAAAAGUAUUAGCAGGAAUUGAUGAUUUGCCCUAAAAAAGAUGAAUAACAUUUUAAUUAGCUUUGGUGGGCAACCAAGUUUUGGUACUCUAUUUUCCAUCAAACAUUUACAGCGCUACAUACAAGGGUAGUGCUAUCCUUGCGAGAAUUCAUCUUCUCCUUACUGUUUAAAGGCAAUCAUCCUUUGUAAGUACCACAUGUUCUAAUUUGCAAGGUUGCCCAUUUUAUAGUGGUACUUAGUGAUCCACAUUGAGGACACUCUAUUGGUUAGGCCACUUGCAUGCUCACAUAUCAUAUAUGUGGAUGUGCUCUCUCUCUCGCUCUCUGUGCACAUUUGUGACUUGUUUGGUUCAAAUGGAGAGAUUAUUGUGCGUUGUUGGAGCAUUGACUCUCUCUCACAAUAUAUGAGAUCCACUAGUCCUUAAUUUAGAAAAUAACUAUAAUUAUGUAUCUAUGGAGAACACUAAUCUUUCAUUCAAAUGAAUAACUUCUUCAAAAGUUAAAAAAAAAAUAAAUAAAUAAUAAUACUUACCCCUAAUUAAAUAAAUUUACUUUUUUUAAUUUCCCAAUUCACUUAUUCCAUCAAAACAAAGCUCGAUUUUUGUUUUGGCUUUUCAUUAAUUUUCAAUAUUUUAUUAUGUUGUUCUGUGGCCAUUGGCUAUGCACUUGCACUGGUGAAAUAAAUUCCAGGAGGAAAAAGGUUCAUGUUCAGGCGGCAGUUCUCACAUGACUCUUUUUGCAACUUUUCGUGUUUCACAUAUUGCUGCUACUACGCUUUUCUCUGCAAGAAAUUAAGAAAAAAAUAUAUAUUAUAUGAUAUAAUAUAUUAAUAAAUUAUGUUACACUUAAUUCAAACGGAUGUAAAUUAAAAAAGAAUAAUUAACAUUUUUUUUUUUCAUCUGUUUUUGUGGUGUAUGUGCAUUGGCUGCUGAAAUUUUGCUGGAAAAAUUUACACUUCAAAUAGAUCCAAAUGGGCCAAUGUAUUACAAUGGGAUAUACCAUUUGUUCUACCAAUACAACCCAAAAGGUGCAGUGUGGGGCAACAUAGUUUGGGCUCAUUCUGUAUCAAAGGAUUUAAUCAAUUGGGAAGCCCUUGAUCGUGCAAUCUACCCAUCAAAAUGGUUUGAUAUAAACGGAUGUUGGUCUGGGUCAGCAACUAUUCUUCCAGGCAACAAACCUGUAAUCCUUUACACUGGAAUUGACCCUAAACAACGCCAAAUCCAAAACUAUGCAGUACCCAAGAAUUUGUCUGAUCCAUAUCUCCGUGAAUGGGUCAAGCCUGAUGACAAUCCACUCGUGGAUCCGGAUAAAAGCGUGAAUGCUAGUGCAUUCCGUGAUCCGACUACCGCCUGGUGGGUUGAUGGGCAUUGGAGGACCUUGAUAGGGAGUAGGAGGAAGCAUAGAGGUAUUGCAUAUUUGUAUAGGAGCAAGGAUUUUAAGCGAUGGGUUAAAGCAAAACACCCCCUUCAUUCAGCUGCGAAAACUGGUAUGUGGGAAUGCCCGGAUUUCUUUCCGGUUUCAUUAUCCGGUCAAAACGGGUUGGAUACUUCAGUUGUUGAGGAAAAUAUAAAGCAUGUAUUCAAGGUUAGCUUGGACCGUACAAGAUAUGAGUAUUACACAGUUGGUACUUAUGAUUUGAAGAAGGAUAGGUAUAUUCCGGAUAAUACUUCUGUUGAUGGGUGGGCUGGACUUAGAUUUGAUUAUGGAAACUUUUAUGCUUCCAAGACUUUCUUUGACCCAAGUAAGAAUAGGAGGAUUUUGUGGGGUUGGGCUAAUGAAUCUGAUUCUGUAAAGGAUGAUAAGGAGAAGGGAUGGGCUGGAAUCCAGGCCAUUCCAAGGAAGAUAUGGCUAGAUGCUAAUGGAAAACAAGUGCUACAAUGGCCUGUUGAAGAAUUGGAGACUUUAAGAGGGCCAAAGGUUCAAUUAGGCAAUCAAAAGCUCCAAAAGGGAGAACAUAUUGAAGUAAAAGGCAUCACUGCUGCACAGGCUGAUGUUGAUGUUACCUUCUCAUUCCCAAGCCUUGAUAAAGCUGAAAGAUUUGACCCUAAAUGGGCAAACAUUGAUGCACUAGAUGUUUGCGCUCAAAAGGGAUCCAAAGUUCAAGGUGGUCUUGGACCAUUUGGGCUCUUGACACUAGCCUCAGAAAAGCUAGAAGAAUUUACUCCUGUCUUCUUUAGAAUAUUCAAAGCACAAACCAAGCAUGUUGUUCUCCUAUGUUCUGAUGCAAGAAGCUCUUCUUUAGGGAGUGGACUAUAUAAACCACCUUUUGCUGGGUGGGUUGAUGUACAUUUAACAAAGAAGAAGCUUUCACUUAGGAGUUUGAUUGAUAAUUCAGUGGUAGAAAGUUUUGGAGCUGAAGGCAAAACUGUGAUCUUAUCUAGGGUUUAUCCUACUUUGGCUGUGUUUGGGAAGGCUCACUUGUUUGUGUUCAAUAAUGGGUCUGAAACUAUUAAAGUGGAGAACCUCAAUGCUUGGAGCAUGAAGAAGCCUCUAAUGAAUGCACCAAUUAGGAUUUGAGAAGGUGCAGAAGAAGUUGAGCUAAAGAUAGAAUUAAUAAGCAUCCUUGUGUACUAUGUUAUGAUUCACUAACAUUCAAUAAAAUUUUUGGGUGUUUUGUAGUU